AUGUCACUGAUUGGCACGCAGAAACGUCUCUUGACGACAUUUACCAAUAAACUUGAACAUAUCAUCUCGAAGCUGAAGGAAGAGACUCCGGCAGAGGUCCUAGGUGGUUCGGCAGCGUCCCAAAACGAUCUUAUGAAAUCGAUUCGACGACUCGAAGAAGGGAACAAGAUCCUGGCCGAAACUUCAGCGAAAGUCGAAGAGAAACUGAACAGCUAUGCCUCGACUGUAGACGCUCUUGGGGAACCAUCCUCUAAGGAAAUUGAAGACUACCAGGAGUACGCGGAAAGAGCAGAGGCAUCAAUAUCGCAGGCAUUCGACCUGCAAACUCUCCUGCAAGCCCGGCUUCAUUCGAUGAAAAACCAAAUGAUGUCAGCAGAUACCGGGAGCCCCAAUUGUACCGUAACCCAGCUCAAACCCAAACAGCUGGAGCUUCCGCCGUUACCAAUACCGACCUUCGGGGGAGAUUUGUGGGAGUGGGAAAAUUUUUGGGAACUGUUCAACAAUAACAUACAUUCCCAGGACCUCCCAGAGAUGGUCAAGUACAACUACCUGUUGAGCGCCCUGAAGGGACCGGCGAAGGAAGCAAUAAUGAAGGGACCGGCGAAGGAAGCAAUAAAAAGAUUCCAAGUAACAAAGGGGAACUAUGAGAAAGCGAUACAGUUUCUCCUAUACAAGUAUAACAACAAGGACGAGCUGUUCAAAGAGCUGGAUCGAUGCUUUCUACGGAGCCCUUCAUUCAAGGAUCAGCGAUCCUUUCGAGAUGAAAUCGAAGUUAUAGUCACGCAGUUACAGGAUAAGGGGGAGAACAUCAGUACCUCCUGGAUAAUCAAGAAAAUUCUAGCGAAAUUCCCAAGCAAUAUCAUGCGCAAGGCUAUCACCAGAAGGCAAGGAAUGGAGACCGAAGAAUCAUUCACUAUCAAUCACCUGAUUCACCUGCUGGACGAACUCCUGACAACAGAGGAGCUAUGGUCAGCAUACACAGGAGAUUUACCAAACGAGCAGCCUUCGAACAUUCUCAAAACGAACCAUUCGUCACCUCGCUCAUGCAUGUACUGCCAUGCUAAGCGCCCAUCCUUUACGUGCACGGCGUACCCCACCCCUCAAGCACGUUCUUCGUAUCUUACAAUUAGGCAAAAGCAGCUAUGCCUCUUGUGUGCCUCUCCAACACAUAAAACUUCUAAAUGUAAACGGCGGCAUUGCUUCAACUGCAAAGGACUCCACCAUACUUCAUGUUGCUACAAACAAAAUCCAUAA